GUCUGCCCUAUGGCUGGUGUCGCUGUCCGAACGGACCGCAGGGGAGCGACGCCCGCUGUGCCGGUCCAGUUACCGCCUCGUCCAUUAGAGGGAGCGCACAGUGUCCCGCACAGAACGGAACUGAGUCAACGCAUUUUUCAGAUUCAAGAAGGGCAGGGCGGCUGGCCCCGCAAGAACACGCACCGACGGCUACAAGUCAGCUACUUCCCUAGCUGAAGCGAUCAGCUAACGCACCCGAUCGAUGUCUUCAGAUGAGAUUUAAGGUUUUACUUUGCAUCUAGUUGUUUGACACUAAGCCGCCGACGGUCGUCCCAAAAAUCAGAACCCGUCAAAAUGUCAGAGCCUGCGGUGGCCGACACUCGCCGGUUGAAUUCCAAGCCCCAGGACCUGACGGAUGCUUACGGUCCCCCCAGCAAUUUUCUGGAAAUAGACGUUUAUGACCCACAAAUCGUUGGAGUUGGUCGGAACCGUUACACAACUUACGAAGUUCGCAUGAAGACCAACCUUCCCAUUUUCAAACUGAAGGAUUCGUGUGUGAGAAGACGAUACAGUGACUUUGAGUGGUUAAAGAAUGAGCUGGAAAGAGACAGUAAGAUUGUAGUACCACCUCUACCGGGCAAAGCCCUGAAGAGACAGCUGCCGUUCCGCGGAGAUGAGGGUCUUUUUGAGGAGUCUUUCCUUGAGGAGAGGAGAGCGGGCUUGGAGCAGUUUAUCAACAGAAUUGCAGGUCACCCCUUGGCCCAGAAUGAGCGCUGUCUUCACAUGUUUCUGCAAGAGGAAAGCAUCGACCGCAACUACAUUCCCGGAAAAGUAUGAAUGAAAGAAAACCGUCUGCUGCACCUGCCUCUUGUACAUUUAUUUCGACGUCACGUCAUAACGCUGGUGGAAAUGUCAGAGCAGUAUCAACGCUGUAGGAAAAACGCAACUAUUGCUCCUGGUCGAAACAAAGAUAUCAAAUGUACAAAUUAUUUGAUGUUGUGUCUUCAUUCGGUCAUUCCGCAUACUAUAUGUAUAUUACUUUGAUUCAGGGUAGAAGAAAACCUGUCUUUAUAAAACUUUUAUGUACACUUUUCAUUUAAUCAUAGCUAGAUGUUUUGUUUACUGUGAUCAUAUUUUCCAAAUGUCAUUUUAAUUCAUUGGUCAGAUUGAAAAGAUGGGCAAUUUCCUGAUUUGAUUAGGUUUUUAAUUUUCUGAUGAUUGAUUUUUAUGAUAACUUUCCAAAGGCGAGCAACAUGUAGCAACACGACAAAGAUGGUGUCAGUGCAUUAUCGACAUAAGUUUUGUUCUUCUUGGAAAUUUAAGUUACGUCAUCGUGCCUACACUUUGCCUGUGUGUUGUCAAACCAGCUAUUGGGAAUGUUCAGUUAAAGAAAUAACCAUGUCUAAGCACUGUGACAAGAGGUUCAUUAUAUAAACAAGUUUCAUUGUUUAAAGACAUAAACAGCAUCUGGUUUACUGAUCUGGAAUAAGGAUUAGCCUGUGCUUAUUUUCAGCUGUCUCAUUCUUUCUAUCAGUAUUAUUGUGACGUGUAUUAAUACAGUUCCACUAUGGGCCAUGAUGAACUCUCUUGUUAAUUCUGUCCACCAAUUAAAUUUCCUGCUGCCUGCCGUG